AUGGCCGCCGUCCAGACCCUCGCGCUGCCGCACCUGUCGCACGCCCCCGUGCACGUCGCCCUGUUCACCCACGUCAGGAAUGCCGCCUUCCUGCGCCAACAGCUGCUCGACGGCAACCAAGCCUUCGAGUACGCCUUCCUCGACGCCACUGCGCUGCUCUCCACCACCCACGUCCUCGCCGCCGUCUUCCGCGCCCUCAACGACCAGCUCAACGGCCGCCUGAGGAGCCGCAACGUGCACUCCGAAAUCGUCUUCUCGCUGAGCCCAAACAACAACAUCGCCGACUCUUUCCGCCGCUUCGGCGUCCAGGAUACGACGACCGCCCUGCUAGCUAUCAAGGUCCCCACGGACGGCCGCCCUCUUUCGGCCAACCAGGUCGAGGCGCACCUUUCCGCUUCCGUCGAGGGCACUGCCGUCCCCUUCACCGACGACACCCUGUCUGAGUUCAGCGACCUGCCCCGGAUACGUAAGAUUUACAAGCUCGACGCCGCGCUGCCCAGCCAGAAGGGCAGAAACCCCCCCAAGAAGAGAAAGCAGCCCAACGGCCUCGCUCACCUGAACGGCUCCGCCGCUGACGAAGCUCCCGCGCCGAGCGAUGACAGGAAGGAGAUGGAGGCUUGCAUUCUGGGCAUCAUGGCGCUAAAGGGGUCUUGA